GAGUGAGAAUCUGGAACUCAGAAAAAUGGUGAUGACGGGAAGUAAGGAAAGCGUGAAAGCAGAAAAUAUAGAAUAUGCCAGCCAGCAACAGAAGGGAGCCACAGAGGAGCAAGCAGCAGGGAAGAGCUUGGUGGGAGCAAGUGAGAAGAAAGUGAAGAUACUCGAACAUCAACGCAAUGAGCUAUUGGAGGUGAAUAAACAAUGGGACCACCAUUUCCGGUCCAUGAAGCAGCAGUAUGAGCAGAAGAUAACAGAGUUACGACAGAAAUUUGCUGACUCCCAAAAGGCGCUAGCUGAGUUGGAGGCAGAGCGGGAGCAGAAACAGAGGGAUUUUGACCGCAAGCUUCUCUUGGCAAAAUCCAAAAUUGAAGAAGAAGAGGCAGAAAAAGAGAGACUCAGUGGGGAGGUGAAGGAGCUCAAGCACAAGGUGAAGUUUCUUCAGGAUCAGUUGGCGCCAGUCACAAGGCAAAGAGAGUACCAGGAGAAGGAGAUUCUCCGACUAAAUAAGGCCCUAGAAGAGAUUCUGAACUUCCAAGCACCUCCUCAUUCCCCCUCAGCCUUGAAAAACCCUACUGAUCCUAGCUCAGGUCUCCGGCACCAGGAAGUGGUGACCCAGAACGAGCUUCUGAAACAACAAGUGAAGAUUUUUGAGGAGGAUUUCCAGCGGGAGCGGAGUGACAGGGAAAGGAUGAAUGAAGAAAAAGAGGAGCUGAAGAAGCAGCUAGAAAAACUUCAGAAACAGCUGACCCUGACUAAUAAUCAGCUGCGAAUCGUUAAAGAGGACUGCCAUAAGGAGAAGGAAGAAAAGGAUAAGUUUAAGAAACUGCUUAAACAGCACAAACAGCAUUCUGGUGACAGAUUGCAUCCUGAGCCGCAGCCAGGACAAAUCACCCCAGUCUGCCCCAUGUACCAGUUUCAAUGCUCUCCUCCAGUCCCACCUCCCGGUUAUCGUGGUUUUGAGGAGUGGCAGAUCCGGUACCCACCACCAGCGAUGGCAAAUGAGCAUCCUCCAGUUCAGAAUUAUCAUCGUGUCCAACCUCCAGAUUAUACGUGGUUUCCGGCAUGUGUUAUAGCACACAAUCAGAACACACAAGGAGGGGAUGGUGUGAAACAGUUUACCAAGGAAUCUGACCCUACAGGUCUCGGCUUAACUAAAGCUCAAAGACCCGUUUAACUUUGUGGUGAUACGUGUAAGAUGCAGAAGCAAAACAGCAUCAUGUGUUAAUCCAUCUCAACACCUUUCCUUCUGGACAUUGGUCGUCUUUAUUUGCUUAUUAAAAAAAGAUCCACGGCACUUGGAUACUUGGGGAUAAUAAGCAGAAUUUUCUAAAACUGAACGGCUACCAAGAAGCAACCGUGACCUAGAGUUUUUUGGGAAAUCUCUCUUUUUGAAAUCGCCAGGUCUUGUUUACUCUCGGCAUUUGAUGCUCCUGCAUUUAAGGAUUCAGCUGUAACAGAACAACCAUUGAGGCCCAGCAGUGAAGACUAGGAAUUCUGGAUUGACAGGACCUAUGUUGAGCUGAUUCUCUUACAGUUGGGCAGCUGUAUAUCUAGGAUGUGGCAAUUUUGCAUUUGUUGGCUGUGGAAGCAUGCUUUGGGCCUGUACAAAUUUGGGAUUCAGUGUUCACCCAAGGACAGAGGAAAACAAAAAAUCUUCCUGUAUUUGUCUAAAUAAUGUAUAGGAAUAAGAAUGAAAGAUACUUUUCCUACAUUGAAUGAAUUAUAUAUCUCUAUAUAUAAUAGUCACAUGCACAUUAAAAUUUGCAGUUGUCAAUAAAUAUUUUUGCCCCACUGAAUGUUAAUUUGAGUUGAAAACUGUUUAAUACUGCUUUAAUUACCCUUCUACCUACCCCUAAAAUAUGGCAGCCUUUUUUGCUCCGUCUUAAUUGGAAUAAUAUACCAGUUUAUCAUCGCAUGCAUGUUGCUUAACAGAAUUAUAUAUGUUUAUUUAACCUGCUCAGUGGAAAAUGGCUUCAGAUUUCACUUCCUUGGUUCUGUUUCGUCCCAUUCCUAGUUACUAUUGAACCUGACUGGUGGACUAGAUAGAUUUGUUCCCUGAUCUAACAAUUCAGUUCUAAUUUCCUUUUGUUAGUGAAAGGUUAUCUUUGGCUCUCCCAUGAUUUAAGUGGGAGACAGGUAUGAGGAAUGGUCUUUUUUUUCCCAGAUUACUGAUCUCUUGGAGCAAUCAUACGAAAUGCUGAACCAGUCAAGCAUUUUUCAAAAUGUGUAGCACUAGAAGUGACGUAAAUUUCUUGUUACAAUUACAUGCUGCUCUCAAACAUAGAAUAUAAAUGCUCAUUUGAAAACAGACUUCAUGUUCACCAGUAAGCACAUAAUUGAGAAACAAUUGAGUGUUUUCUUUUUCUUUAUGAAAUAAAGAAAAGGAAAAUUAAUUUCAGAAUGUUCACGGUGCAAAGAAAAUGCAGUGUUUGAAGAAUCUGUAAAAACCUCUUUAAAUAAAAACAUUUUCACUGAG